CCUCAACCUCGCUGCUGUCAUCGAUCGAAGACGAGCGCACUGCUCCUGAGCGUCUCUCUCAAGCCAUUCUCCCCCACCAGCGCGCUUUGUCGCCAUGUCAUCGAGCGACGCGCAGGCUGGCGUCGAAAACUUCCCCUCAAUCGAGCUCGAGUUCUCUCCCACCACCGCCGGCGAAACCGAAGCUCACCUCGCCCAGCCCGAUCCAACGCUGGAAGGGCCCAAUGAGACACUGGAUAGCAUCACCGCAGCUCACGACAUGGCGGACACGGCGCAUUUUGGGGACUUUCAGUUCCCGUACCAGGACACGCUGCAGGAUUCGCCCAUGAACGGGCUGGGCCCAUCCUUCGACGACCAUGGCCCCGAUGUGUUCAGGACGCCGCAGGCAAACCCGACAUCGCCCGUGCAGGACCGACAAGACUCGGUUGCGUCCAUCACCGUCCACUCUUCUGCCUACGGGGGGGCCAACGCGCAGCGACCCAGUCCCGAAGGAUCUGACAACAGCACGCCGGGGAGCAACGGGAACGGCUCCAACCCGCUGGAAGACCCGCUAUCAGACGAGUUCGGCCUUGGGACGGGCGGAGUCGCCGACGGAACGGAUUUGGGUGGCAAGAAAGGGGAGAAGUCGGACUCUGCGCCUGCUUGGAGCGAACUCAAGACCAAAGCGGGCAAGGAGCGCAAGCGGUUGCCGCUGGCCUGCAUCGCUUGUCGACGCAAAAAGAUCCGCUGCUCGGGCGAGAAGCCCGCCUGCAAGCACUGCCUCAGGUCGCGCAUUCCGUGCGUGUACAAGGUCACGGCGCGCAAGGCGGCUCCUAGGACCGACUACAUGGCCAUGCUGGACAAGCGCUUGAAGCGGAUGGAAGAGCGCAUCAUCAAGAUCGUGCCCAAAGCCGAGCAGGACGCCCUGGCUGCCUCGGUCACCCGGGCGGUCGUGAAGCCCGCGAUCCCGGGCACUCUACCGGGAGGCGGGAAAGCCACGGCGAAGAAACGCGGCGCCGAUGAGGCCUUUGGGGCGGACCUAGACCACUGGGCUCGAGCGCCAUCGAGGUCCAGGCUGGAUGGCCCCAACAAGCCGUCAACGAUCCUCGUCCAAGAGGCGGAGGAAAGCAAGCUCUUGCUCGAAGGCGGCGACGCGCUCCCUUCCAAGGAUAUACAAGAGCACCUAGCGGAGGUCUUCUUCGAAAACAUCUACGGCCAGGCAUACCAUAUCCUUCAUAAGCCGAGCUUCAUGAGGAAGCUCAAAGCUGGCACGCUUCCCCCGGUCCUAAUCCUUUCCGUAUGCGCCAUAGCCGCCCGGUUCUCGAACCAUCCCAAGCUCAACACAUACCCCAACUUCCUCCGCGGCGAGGAGUGGGCAUCCACCGCCCGUGACAUCUUAACGAAGCGUUACGAGUGGCCCAACAUCACAAUCCUGACGUGCUUGUUGAUAUUGGGCCUGCACGAGUUUGGGACCUGUCAUGGCGGCCGGAGCUGGGCUCUGGGCGGGCAGGCCAUCCGCAUGGCGUUCGCGCUCCAGCUUCACAAAGAUCUGGAACACGACCCCUUGCGAAUACCGGGCAAGACACAGCUCAGUUUCAUCGACCGCGAGAUUCGGAGACGGACGAUGUGGGCAUGCUUCUUGAUGGACCGCUUCAACUCGUCGGGGACGGAUCGGCCAACCUUCAUCCGGGAAGAGACGCUCAAGAUCCCGCUGCCCAUUAAGGAGAAGAACUUUCAGUACGACCUACCAGGCCCUACCGAGACGCUCAGCGGGCAGGUUACCGAGCCGGUCUCCGAGGACAAUCCGAACGAGGCCAGAGACAACAUGGGAGUGGCCGCCUGGAUGAUCAAGGCCAUCGCGCUCUGGGGACGCAUCAUCAGCUACCUGAACCAAGGCGGCAAAGAGCUCGAUCCUCAUCCGAUGUGGAGCCCGGACUCGGAAUACAGCAAGCUCCUCAAGCAGACUGAAGACUUUAUUAACGAGCUGCCCGAGUCGCUGGCGUACACGCCCGAAAACCUGAAGGUGCACGAGACAGAUAACAUGGCGAACCAGUUCCUAUUCUUGCAUAUCUCUAUCCAGCAAAACAUCCUCUUCAUGAAUAGGUUCGCCGUGUCGUCGCCAAGCGGGCACUCGCUGCAGGACGUGCCCAAGUCCUUCGUGACAAAAGCGGGAGCCAAGGCCUUUGCCGCGGCGAACCGCAUAUCCGAGCUACUCAAAGAUGCCGAGUCGUACUUCAUCACCGCGCCCUUCACCGGGUACUGCGCCUUCUUGUCGAGCACCGUCCACAUCUUUGGCAUCUUCUCCGGCAACCCCUCGAUGGAAGCGACCUCGAAGCGGAACCUAGCGACGAAUGUCCGGUUUCUAUCCAAGAUGAAGCGGUACUGGGGCAUGUUCCACUGGAUGUCCGAGAACCUCCGGGAGCAAUACCGCACAUGUGCCGACGCCGCGAGGCAGGGGAAUCCCGCCAGCGAGAAUGCCGCGUCUCCAAUUUUUCAGUACGGCGACUGGUUCGACCGCUAUCCCCACGGCGUGUCGCAGUCCGAUUUCCUCGACCCUGCCACGUAUAAAAAGAAGGAGAAGGGAGAAGACGCCGUGCUUGAACAAAAGCCGGAACUUCACACGGUCGAGGAGUACUUCACAUCCCUCUCGCCGCAGAGCGCCGAGAAUGCCGCCGCCGCCAACGGUGCCAAUGGCGCCAACCGUCCCGGCCAGCCCAACGCCUCCCAACUCAAGCGCAAGUCUGUCGUCCGCAAGGCGAGCACCACCUCCCGCGGCAGCGGACCGGGUUCCGAUCAAGGCCUGGAGCCUCUCCAGACCGACUUUGCCCGCGCCACGGCCGAGCAGCUCCGGGCGGCCCGCCUACACCAGCGCUCCUUCUCCGGCGCGGCCCCCAACGGCGGCGCCCAGACAAGCGGCGCCCCACCCGGCCAUUUCAACCCCCUCGCCGUGGCCGGCAACGGCCCAGGACCCUACCACCCGGCUCUCUCCCCGAUCUCCCCCGUCCCCUUCUCCCACCCGCAUCAUCACCCCCACGCCCCGCCACAGGCCUUCUUUCCGCCCGACCCCUUCGCCAUGCCCCUCACCGCGACCCACCACGGCAUGUCCCGCCUCGACCGUCAGCUCGUCUUUGGUGCCUACGGCGGCCACAGCCACGCCGUCGACCAUCCGUCCCUGGCCGGCUCCGGCCUUGCCGGCUGGGCAGACGGGAACAACCCCGCUGCGGCGGCCGCUGCCCUGGCAGCCGCCGAGGUCCGGGACGGGCACCCACACGGUGCCGCUCAUGGGCGGCAUCCCGGCCAUCCGGGGCACGGACACCACCAACACCCCGCGGACGCGGCGCUGCACGCGGCGUUUGGGGAGCCCAGUUCGGCCUGGUUCAUGCCCUUCAACAUGGAGCCGCCGGAGCUGGGGCCUGAAGGGCUGGGCGGAAUCGGAGGGGGGCUGGACGGCUUCGCGACCAUGUUUGGCGGCGGAGGCGCGGCCGGUGCCGGGAUGCACCAUCAUUGAUCCCGUCGGGUAACCGAAGCGUGUCAUGCUUUCUAGAUGGUGACGGGAAGCUGGUCGUUCUCGGAAAGGCAAACGGAUUUUGUGGUGGCAGAACGGGGAAGGUUGUGGCGCGGCAAGGUCGUCCGAUAUGGUGUCUCCCUUCCUUUACGGCGCGGAAGA